AGACAGCACAUGAUCCAUGUCUGCCAUGUCGAGCCACAGUGCCGGCGGCUACAGGAGUGGAGAUGUCCAAGCGGUCCAAGCUGCACAUUUGGCAAAGACCGGUUCAAGCGGUUCAGCUCCGCAGUCAGCUCCGCUGUCAGCUCCGCAGAUUCCUCGCAUCAUUUGGAUGCUUUGGUUCCAGGGUUGGGAUCGUGCUCCGUAUGUUUGCAGAAAUUGUAAGAAGUCAUUUGAGCUUUGGAACCCUGGAUGGGAAGUUCGCGCACUUGAUGAAAAGAUUUUGCCAGAUGUUCUAGGCGACUAUUGCAAGCAGUUCACUGCCGUGUGCAAGGCCAAUAAUCCGCUGGCACCUCUGGGAAUGUCGUGGAUUCCGCCUGCAUCUGCAGCGGAUGUCCUGCGACUCUUUUUGUUGCAACGAUACGGAGGUGUUUGGGCUGAUGCAACCAUCCUGUGUCGGAAACCUCUGGACGAGUGGAUUGAUGAUGCAGCUGCUUCUGCCGAUGGAUUUUUUGCAUUUGCCCCAGAGAAAGGAGCUGAAAUCCCCAUCAUGAGCAGCUUUUUGGCAAGCAAACCUCAUCACCCUUUGGUGGAGGCUUGGCAGGAACGUGUUCACUUGCACUGGCAACACCAACAGCGCCCGGACCUGGAGUACUUCUGGUUGCAUUUGCUUUUUGGACAGCUGGUACAGGACAACCGCGUGAUCAAAGAUGUGUGGCAACGAGCCAAGAAGCCCACCGCAGAAUAUGGCUUGCCAGGGCCACACCUUCACAUGCCAUAUGAGAAGGUCCUGGUAAGGCCACCGACUGAAGCAUUCAAGGAGCUCCUGGCCAAGAAGGCUGAGCCCAUCUACAAGCUGACUAUACAUGAUGUCAAAUUUGACAAAAAACGGGAUGCGUUGCUUCAACGAGAUGGCUCAGAGUUUCCUGGGCUGCGAGCUUCUUCGUCAGGCUUUGAGUACCUCAUGAAGCAAACUCUUGAGGAAGCCGAGAGCCACUUUGAAAGUUGCAAGGGAGGCGCUUGCCCUGCAUGGCAGCCAGACCGAAGCUCUUUCCGUCCCCACUAUGGUCUGAGCAUUGCGAACCAGCCCAUGAUGCCCGGCGGCUGAACACCUCAUGAAUGGAAAAACACGUGCUUAAAGUGCACUUAGCUUGGUGAGGCGCAA